CUCUCUGGCCCUAAGCUCCUACAAGUGGCUGAUGGAUGUGAGUCAGCUCGUUUCAUUCUACUUUGAAAACAAGGAUAACUUUCACUGAUACUUGCGCUGAACACGUGUCCAGAAAAGCGCGCAGCAGAGACGUUGGCUGUCCAAAACCAACAGCUGCUGGACAGAGAUGAGCAGUCCCGAUGCGGGGUACGCCAGCGACGAUCAAACCCAGGCAAGGUGUGCGAUGUCAGUCAUGAUGCCUGGAAUGGGACACUGUCAGUGGGCUGAUCCUCUCAGUCCUCUCGGGGACGCCAAAGUAAAAAGCGAGACGUGCGCGGCUGCCUCGAGCACUCACAACCGAGGGAAGAGCGAGCCUCGGAUCCGGAGGCCUAUGAACGCGUUUAUGGUCUGGGCCAAGGAUGAGCGGAAGAGAUUGGCGCAGCAAAACCCAGACCUGCACAACGCGGAGCUCAGCAAAAUGUUGGGGAAGUCGUGGAAGGCCCUUCCUGUGACAGAGAAGCAGCCGUUUGUGGAGGAGGCCGAGCGCCUGCGGGUGCAGCACAUGCAGGAUCACCCCAACUACAAGUACAGGCCACGCAGGCGGAAACAGGUCAAGAGGAUUAAGAGGCUGGACUCAGGCUUCCUGGUGCAUGGGCCCCCAGAGCACCAGGGCCUGUCAGGGGACGGCAGGGUGUGUGUGGAGGCGCUCGGCCUGGGCUACCAUGAGCACAACUUCCAGCUUCCCCCUCAACCCAUGGGUCACUACCGGGACGCUCAGGCUUACGAGAGCUACAGUCUCCCCACACCGGACACAUCUCCACUGGACGCUGUGGAGCCUGACUCCAUGUUCUUCCCUCCACACUCUCAAGAGGACUGCCACAUGAUGCCAUACCCCUACCACACGCAAGGGCCUGAGUACCAGCCACAGGAGCCUCUCUCAACCCACCACCCAAACCUCAAUUUCUCCCGGCACUCCUCAGGUCAGGAGCAGCCUCCACAGCCCCCUGCACCCCCGACCCUUCCCCCUUCUUACAUGGGAUGCCCCAACCCUUUAACCAUGUAUUACAAUCAGCCCAGCCACCAUAAGCGGCACCCAGCAGCAGGGCAGCUCUCCCCCCCUCCAGAUCCCCACUCAGCUGAGACAGUGGAGCACAUGCCCCACUCCGAGCUGCUGUCGGAGGUGGACCGCAGUGAGUUUGAGCAGUACUUGAGCUCGUCUGGGGUGGCAGCGCGUGCAGACAUGACAGGCCUCCCCUACGCGCCACACGACUCUGGAAUGCAAGGACCAGAGAGCCUCACAUCAUCAGUGCUGUCAGACGCCACCACAGCUGUGUAUUACUGUAGCUACAACAACUCCUAACCUCCGCAGCCUGCCGCAUGGACACUUGAUCUGACCUCAAAUCUCUGUAGCUGCAUUUGAACAAAAAUAUCUCUUUAUUUUUGUAAUUGUUUUCUUACCAGUUCCACAGAAGGUCACUGAGAUUUUCCAUGGAGCUUUGGACAAGACUGAUGUAGCUUGAUGUAUGCAAAACAGCCAUAGGACAUUUUGGAACUGAAUAGUUUUUAUCUUUUAAGC